AUGGCUCCUACUCCUGAAUUUGUGAAGAAUAAGUCUAAUCCAGUUGGAUAUGUGCAAUCGUCUGUGCGUGACUUUGCAGCUGAAUCGAGGCGCCUUAUACAGAAGUGCAAGAAGCCGGAUGGAAAAGAAUUACAGCGUAUGAUGUAUGCCUGUGGAGUCGGGUUCUUCAUAAUGGGCUUCCUCGGUUACACUAUCGACCUUGUCUUUAUACCGAUUAACAACUUGAUUAUGAGCUCCUAA